UCUGGUAUCGUAGCUGCGCGCUGCAUGAAAAUACACAAAUCAAAGCAAAAGAAGAGUCGUAUUGGGACCUUCUCACCAUAAAGCAAAGCGCUUCUCCCCCCAUGUCACGUUCGAAACCAGCUAAUUAAAGCUCUCUCUCUCUCUCUCUCUCUCUCUCUCUCUAGGUUCGAGAAAGUGCAACAGAAUCCCAAUCCUACCUAUAAAGAAUACCAACCAUCCCUAACCCCAUGAAGUAAAAAACCCCUCAGAAAAAUUCUUGCCUUAGUUUCCGGCCUUCUCUAGCUACUUUUCUUCUUAAUUUCCUCCACUUCUUUUGUAGACCACAGACAUCAUGUGCAACGACAGUAGUGUUGUUCUGUUUUUUCCUUGAUCUGUGACGUCCUUCAAGUACAAGGCCUCUUCUCUUCGCCCAGCUGAGAAAUAAAAUAUCGAUAUAUAGAUAUAAAGGAUCGAUGGGUGGAAGUAAUAGUACUAGGAGUCGUAGUUCCUUGCAUUUCAAGGUCUUGUUUGGAGCACUUGCAUUGGUGGGGGUUGUUUUUCUUUUCUUGGUCGAUAACCAGGAGAGUGGAAGAGGAAAGAUGGCUCCAACAUCUACGACGACUCACUCCGUAGGAAAUUUCAAGCAUGCGGAUGUCAUGGGUAGAGAGAAGCUCGUCGACCAUCCAGAGUUAGAUUUCAACUACAUCAGCAAAAGAAAAGUUCCCAAUGGACCAGAUCCUAUCCAUAACAGGAGAACUGGGAACUCUGGGCGACCUCCUGGUCGAAACCAGCGAGCAAAUGCUCAACAAGCUCCAGGAACCUUAAAUUGAAGAUCAAUUUGGCACAGGCAUGUAUGUAUGUAUGUAUGUAUUUCUUAGAAAUGGGUCUAUAGAAAAAAAACUCCUGAAAAAACUCGAGAAAUCCACGCAUGCAUGCAUGCAAGUCUUAUUUUGGCUUACA